GUUGAAGUGAGCAAAAUGGCCGAGCAGGAUCCGGAGGAACAGACACCUACGCGCACUACUCAAACGGUGGACAGUUCGGAAGCACCACCGGCUGCGCCUACCAGUGGAAGUGGUAAGAGAUCUCGCGUAGGAUCUUCAGCUAGUAGCCAGGGUGAACACGAUGCCCCUCAUUCCGAAGCGCAACUCGCCAACACUCACUUGGAGCAUUUCUGCCUGUUGGAUGUGUUCGCUCAUCCUCACACCUUGAGAAACACUGGAAUAAUCUGCACUAUUGGUCCUGCUAGCCAGUCUGUGAGUGUCAUGAAAAAACUUAUUGAUGCUGGAAUGUGUAUUGCUCGCUUGAAUUUCUCACACGGAGAGCAUGCAUAUCACAAGCAGACUAUUGAGAAUGUCCGUGCAGCUAAUAAAGAGAUGCCUGAUAAGUAUAUUGCUAUUGCUCUCGACACUAAAGGGCCUGAAAUAAGGACUGGGCUCCUGGAAGGAGGUGGAGCUGCAGAGAUUAGCCUCAAAACUGGUGACGUGCUGACAUUGUCCAUAAAUGAAAAGUAUAAGGACUGUGGAACUGGCUCCCUCAUCUAUGUGGACUACAAGAACAUUAUUAAAGUUGUCAAACCUGGGGAAAAAGUAUUUGUUGACGAUGGUCUUAUUUCACUUAAAGUCACUGAUAAAACUGACACUACACUCAUAACUGUUGUUCAAAAUGGUGGGAAUUUGGGCUCAAGGAAAGGCGUUAACCUUCCUGGGAUUGUAGUUGAUCUGCCAGCUCUUUCAGAUAAAGACAAGAAGGAUCUUGCUUUUGGCGUAGAGAACAAGGUUGAUAUGGUCUUUGCUUCUUUCAUUCGCAAAGCUCAAGAUGUCCACGACGUGAGAGCAGAAUUAGGAGAGAAAGGAAAGAACAUAAAAAUCAUUUCAAAGAUUGAGAGCGAAGAGGGUGUACUUAAUUUUGAUGAGAUUGUUGAAGCCAGUGACGGUAUUAUGGUCGCCAGAGGUGAUCUUGGUAUUGAAAUACCGGCAGAGAAAGUUUUUCUUGCGCAAAAAAUGAUGACUGGUCGCUGCAACAGGAUUGGCAAGCCUGUUAUUGUUGCAACUCAGAUGUUAGAGAGUAUGGUAUCAAAGCCACGCCCUACAAGAGCAGAAACAAGUGAUGUUGCAAAUGCUGUUCUCGACGGAGCAGAUUGUGUCAUGCUGUCAGGAGAAACAGCUAAAGGUAAGUAUCCGGUUGAAGCAGUUGACAUAAUGCACAGGAUUUGCUGCGAGGCCGAGUCUGCAAUGUUCCAUCGUGUGGUUUUUGAUGAGUUGCGUCUCUUGACUCCCAAACCGACCGAGACACUGACCACCACUGCUAUUGCAGCAGUUGAUGCAGCUUUCUUUCAGAAUGCAGCAGCUAUCAUUUGUCUAACUACUACAGGAAAGACUGCCUUCAAUUUGUCUCAUUUCCGUCCUCAUUGCCCCAUCAUUUCAGUCACUAGAGAUAGAGAAGUCGCUCACAUUUGCCAUCUCUAUCGUGGCAUACAUCCACUGGUCUUCCCUCAUCCAAAGGAUAAAUCAGACUGGGCAGACGAUAUAGAGAAGAGAUUCCUUUACGCCAUUGAGUGGGGGAAAAAGAAAGGGUUCAUACAGAAAGGCUCAACCAUUAUUGCUCUUAGUGGUUGGAGGCCUGGACCUGCUAAUACAAACACUAUUAGGAUCGUAACUGUGGAGUAACAGACUUAAGCCUUCUCCCAUUGCUGACACUCAUUAUGUAGUUACACUAUACAUAGUCAAAGUUAGCUUAGCUUGUAGUGUGUAAUCUUCUGCUGCUGUUAUAAUAGUCAAGUUAUUAGUAUUAUUUGAUUAGAAUUUUAAAAAAUACACACUUGUGCUUUAUAAUUA